AUGGCAGACAUUUCUGAAUCUCUGGUGGCAUCGCUGGCUGAGACUCUCGACGCAGCCGGGGCUCCCUGCAUCCUCUGGGGUCAAUUCCUACUCAAUGUCCAUGGCAUUCCAUCGACCAUUGGCUCAAUAGACUUUAUUGUUCCCGAGUCCCGCUUAGCUGAAGCAAUACCAGCACUUGAAAACGCUAGAAACCUUUCGCAUUGCCCGGACAAAAAUGCAUGUCCUUGGAGCCCCCAGCGCCGGAAGGCAAUAGAGCCAGUUUUUCACAUGCAUCUCGGCGACUCUGCCCGGACAGUUACUUUGUAUCCCCAUUGCCAGAUUCUCUGGUUUCUGCCACAAAUGAAUAGUUCCUUACCGUCCUCAGGGCAGCCGCAGCUGGAACUGCCCCAGCAUCUGACGCUCGCAUCCAGCUCGACAGACCUCCCGCCACGGCGGCCAGGUCGUGGGUCUGGUUUCUUCACGACAGUCGAGUAUCCCGUCGUCGUCUUGAGACUGCAUGCUUUGCUGGAGGCGUACAUUCGACUAUAUUUACGCGACAGAAAGAGGCGAGAUGGUGCCUACGCAAGGCAUUCCGUCAAACUCUUGACGCCGUGUAUCGAUGACGAGGAACUUCCUGGCUCACGGGAGAUUUCGGAUCGCAUCAAAAGAUAUUACAAAACCCUGGCAAACGGAGACGAAAUUGUUCUCGGACGUAGUGGCAUGUAG